AGAUUUUAAGUUUCUAGUUUUAGCAUUUCUUAGUUGCUUUUAUUGUUUUGACACAAGUCUUUUUACACUACAUUUGCAUGCAAUAUAAACUGCAAUGAGUGAAGCCAUUCUUGAGGCAGAGCUAGUAGCUGCCUGUUCAUCUCUAGGCUACAGUGAUGGAGACAAAUACAUUCGUGACCCUGAAUGUGUUGAAAUUAUCAGAGAUCUGCUUAGAUAUCUUCGUCGUGAUGACAGUAGCCACCAAAUUCGUCUUGCGCUCGGUGAGACCCGGGUGCUUCAGACAGAUCUGUUACCACUCCUUCGUGAGCACCAUAGUGAUGGUGUCCUGCUGGACCUGGUGCUGCGUCUCCUGGUUAACCUCACCACUCCUGCUCUCCUGGUUUUUCAUCAGGAAAUCCCUGAAGACAAGUCUGGGCGACAAAUGUAUCUCAGACUUGUGACUCAGCAACAAGGCUUUAAGGAGGCGUUCACGGACGCGGGUGUGUGGGCGGGCAUAUCUGAAAUCUUGAGGACGAGGCUGGAGCAAGGAGCAGACCGCGAUGAUGACGCUAACCUUGUAGUCGAGAUGGCGCUUGUGCUGCUACGUAAUGUGCUGGCCGUUGCCCCCGGCAGGCAUGACACCACGCGUACUGCUGAUGAUGCAGACUUACACGACCAGGUUUAUGGUAAUUANCUGGUACGGACCCGGGAGGCUGAAAAGGCGCGACGCCAACAACAGACCCGCAAGCACUACAACGCUCGACACUCCCGCUUCGGAGGCACCUUCUGCAUCCAAAACAUGAAGAGCAUCAGUGACCGCGACGUGAUUGCGCAUAAGCCCUUGGCCGAUGUCUGUGCCUUGGAUUUUGAUCAAAACAAAAGAGGCAAAAAGAUCCCGAAAAAUCGUGCUCCCUUGCCCGAUUCAUCAACUACGAGGCGGUCUACUCUGGCAAUCCGACUUUUCCUGCAGGAAUUUUGUGUGGAGUUUCUGAACGGUGCAUAUAAUAACCUGAUGAGCAUAGUCAAGGAUAACUUGAAUAGAGCUCGUGUGCAAGAACAUGAUGAGUCGUACUAUUUGUGGGCUAUGAAGUUCUUCAUGGAGUUCAACCGACAUCAUGAGUUUAAAGUUGAACUCGUGAGCGAAACAUUGAGUAUUCAGUCUGUGCAUUAUAUUCAGACGAAUAUCGAGACGUAUCACGAAAUGAUGACCACCGAGAAAAAGAAAAUCCCGCUGUGGAGCCGCCGUAUGCACAACGGUCUCAGGGCCUAUCAGGAGACCAUGAUGACGUUGGCCUCAAUGGACAAAUCAAACGAUCAAUCAGUUAGAGAUUCUUCAUUGGCUCUCAAGAGCAAGAUGUUCUACGUCGUCGAAUAUCGCGAAUUGCCGCUUGUACUCUUACUGAAUUAUGACCCUUCCAAAAUGAGUAGAGCUUACCUCAAAGAUCUUGUUGAAACAACUCAUGUUUUUCUAAAGCUGCUAGAGGGCAUGUGCAAGAAAACCAAGCACCUUUUAGUUCAGCUACCUCAGCGAAAGAAGAGCAGCCAUAAAAGGAAACCAGAGAAAAAGGCCGGUCUGCCUCCGACUCCAGAAAAGCUAGAGGAAAUCUGGAGUUCGUUGGCUGAUGAGCUCUCGUCCGUUAUACGUGGUGAAGCUGGCGAGUUGCCUGUAAUGGUUCCCUUUGAUGCCGUGUCUGAACUUUCAGAAGACGAGCAAAAGGAGAAAGCCAUGCGUAAAACCAAUGCUUUGCUGCGUGAUAGAGAACUGGGCAAAGCUGUUGCACUUUUCAGAGCCUCGAGGGAAGUGUGGCCGGAAGGAGACGUAUUUGGUGAGAAAGAUAUCGACGCCGCCGGCGAACUUGCGUGUUUGAGAGAAGUCUUCAUGGCGGAUCUAAAUCCCACCCCUCAAACCGAAACUCCAGAAGUUCCAGAGGAGGAGGUGGAAGAUGACGACGACGACGAAGAAGAAAGGGAAGAAGUUCAUGCUGUCGAGGAGUCUGCUCAUAUGAGUGAAAGAGAGUUGGACUUCCCGGCUUUUGUGAGAAGAUUUGCACACCCUAAAAUCCUGCAGUCUUACACAUGGCUAUUUAAAAGUUAUUCGAGUAACAGCGACCACACAAACCGCUGCAUCAUCAAAUUAUUUCACCGCAUUGCAUGGGACGCAAAACUACCAGCUGUACUUUUCCAGGCUUCAAUUUUUGUCAUUCUUCACGAGGCCAUGACGGACCCAGCUCGAAAAACGAGUGAAAUAAUCUCUGAAAUCGCGAAGUUAGGCAAGUACAUCGUGCGACAGUUCUUCACAAUAGCUGAAACCAAUCCAAAAGUUUUCAUGGAGAUUCUUUUCUGGAAAACUUACAAAGAGGCUGUCGACAUAGAGUGUGGAUACGAUGGGCCAUCGACAUCUAAGGCUGUUAAAAGUCUUUGGAGUGAAGAGGAAGAAGACGAACUAACACGCCUGUAUAACGAAUUCAAAGAUAACGAAUACGAUGCUGACGAUCCAAAAGACAUUGCUGAUCGCAUCGUUCAAAGCUUGAUCAGACAAGACCGGUCUAGGCGCAUGGUUAUUAAGAAACUUAAAGACAUGGGCCUGAUUGCAAGUUUAAAGGAACUGAGGAAGAAGCCAACUCGCGUGAUGGCUAACCAGUGGACGGACGUGGAACUGGACGAGCUCAAAGUUCUUUAUGAGGAGCAUAAGGAUGCCAUGGACCCAAUGUCUAGAAUAUUGGACUUCAUGGUAAACCGCAAACCUAAGCAUCGCGUGAUCGAAAAACUAUUGGAAUUAGGUUUAAUCGAUGAUAAGAAAGAAGUGAGACGGAAGAGGAUUCCUAAGGCGAAACAGAAUAAAUCAAGAGGAAAAAACAGCGGAGAGCAGUUCUUGAAAGCCAAUCGCGAUUCGGACGAUGGCGCCGAUUCAGAAGUCGUCGAUGACUCUGAUGGAUCAUCCUCUGAAGAUGAUGAACAAGAACUUACUGGGACUGUCCGUUCAAAAUCCACAAAUGCUGUACCUGUUGUUACUCCUCAUCUCGUGUCUGUCGCGCUUAAAAAAGUUUUUGACUCGGGGUACCGAGAGGCUGUCUCAUGGCUUGUCGAAUUACUUCAAGAAGUCGCCGACGAUCGGGAGUCUGACGGCGAUUUCUCCCCUAUUCCGAUCCUUGCCGUGUCCGAUGAGCAGUCGAAAGCAAUCGAUGAUGAUUGCUUCCAGUCGCUUCUGAAAAUUAUUGGGAUCCAGCCGCCUCAAAAUCACGAGGAAAUGUUCUGGCGAGUGCCUGAGAAAUUGUCAGUCGAAGGUCUCAGAAAAAGAGUGCAGUAUUUGUCGCAAGGACUUGAAGGAAAACUUCCGUCUCCUACUGACCGUGAUGAGGGAGACUCUUCUGUAACAGAAUCGUUCAGAAAUAAUGAAGUUUUGGAAACGCCACUUGAAAGUUCUUGUCCGGAACAAACUGAAGACGGAUCAGACGUCAACGAAGAAAAAGAAAAUCGCGGUAAUUCCCCACUCAUCGGACAUGAUUCAAAUUCAGAAUUGAAUUCUGAUUCGUCAUUAGUUUCGCCGCAUCUCAAAUCUAAGAAAAUAACUAAACGGCGCCAAAAACUUGAUUCGGAUACUUUCAACGAUCUUGUUUCUAAAGCUGCUCCUAAAAAUGUGAAGAAACGCAGAAUACUGAUGGAGCAGAGCGACAACGAAGACGAUGACAAUUUGUAUACGUCUGACCGAAAUAAAUCUCCCAAAACAAGCGAAAAACGUUCGCAAGUCGAGUCAGAUACAUUUGAUGCCUUGCUAAAUUCUCAGCACAAAGCUGGGGCGUCGAAAAAACGUAGAAUACUAAUCGACCAGACCGACGAUGAAGCGAGCAACGACUCACAGGAAAGUUCGACUUCAGCUGCCGUCGGUGCUCACGAUGCGGUAGACGAUAGCCAAAAUUCCAGGAAAAGAGCGCGGAUCUUGGACUCUGAUGAUGACGAAGCGUCCGACGAUUACACCAAAAUGCGCAAGUUGGAACCCACGCGCGGUGUGAAUGAGACCGAUCAGGAUAGCGACGAUGACCAGGUGCCUAUAGUUCGUCACAGGACCAAGGCUGUAAUUGACAGCGAUGAUGAAAAUUAGUAAUACCGUUUGCGUUCCUCUAUUUUUAAAUUCCUGCCCGUAGAUUUUACAGCGUUUGUAUUCUAAUGGAAACUAUGGUGUGAAAUGCCGUUUUUUAUUAUGUCUUUUAAAUUACUAACGGAAUUUCUUAUGAUUUUUUCAUUGGUUAGCUAUAGGUAUGUCACGUUUCGUGAAUUUUGAAGAUCAUACAGAUGAAUUUGUUGCUGGGUUGUUCCGGUUUAGUUUCAUUUGACGCUUUAAAGUAAAAUUUUUAUGCCAAAGAGGUUUCAAAACAUUUUAUUUCUUAUCCUCGUUUAAUUUUUUUCUAAAAUUGUUAUGGGUGCCCUAACAUUUUUUACUCGCAUGGUACCGAAGUAUUUUUUUCAAUUGCUUUGAUAGUCGUUAUCGUGCAUUCUGUUAAAGGAUCAAUUUUGUAACAAUAUGCUUGAUAUUAUUCAAUAAGUGUCAAGAGGUGCUUUUUCGACCAAGUUCUAUUCCUGCUUUAACCAACCGUGGAGUGUGGAAGUUGUUAUAUUAAACUAUAUUCAAUUUAUUCUUCUCUUAUCAUAC